UGCAGCCGGUCACGAGGACAGAAAACGUUCAUAUCGGGGCGUGUUCCAGCCCCUUGGACCACGGGCACGGGCCUGUUCCGGAUCAACCGCCAAUAGCAAGUGAGCUCCGAGUCGUACCAAGUAUACUCUUUUCUCCCCCGCACGAGCAAACGGUCUCCGCUCGGAUACCAAUCUAUCGCCAUUCGCCCUGCUCGUGGAGAAACAGGAGGUGAUAGCCAAGUCUUGGCAUCUGCUUCCACCGUACAACGUUCAUCCUCUGACUUGACUACAACGCCCCUGAUAGCUUUGGCCAACGAACCCUACCGAUGGGAGAACUGAUACCAGCUUAAGACCCCUCAGCAGCGCUAGCAAGGAUUCUCCAAAGAUCGGCACCACGGCAAACGGCAAACGGCAGAGCCAAACCCAAAAUUCCCCCGCAGAUGCGCCUUAUCAUCCAGUCCACCUCCCGUUCUCCGAGCUGGUCGCUUCCCUAUCACCCUAUCAUCCUAUCAACGAUCAAGAUCAGCCUUUCAUCAUUCGCUGUUCUCGCCGUCUUAUCUUCGGCCUUUUGAACCUCCCCCCGCUCUUUGUCAGAGCCGCUUCCUUGAGGUCUUUGUUCGGAUCCCCAUUCAUCCAUACUCCUCUAUCAUCUCUCCUACUACCUGCUCCCGGAUUCACCCAAUAUUGCCUGGGCAUGGACACGAUCAAAAUCCCAUCUCCCUCGACGAUUCUAGACUCGCCCGACCCCCUCCCGGUGUCCACGCGGGGCAAGCCUGCUUCGCCUCCGAAAAGGACCAAGCAGAUUACUACGGCCUCCAACAAACCCAAGCAAACCAAGAGUCGCAAUGGUUGCAUCACCUGCAAGGCGAAGCGGUUAAAGUGCGACGAGACCAAGCCGACCUGUCACCAGUGCCACCGGCGAAAGGUUCCAUGUGGUGGAUACAAGAAGGAUUUUAAAUGGCGGCCCUUCGAGGAGACUAACGUGGCGAUUGGACGGCCGACCGCGACCAAGGGUAAGAAAGCGAAUCCUUCUUCUCAACGACGCGUUUCGGUCGGAGAUCCGGAAAACUUUCCCUCACCCCCGACGACCGUCCAACCAGCCUCGCCGACCAUUCCACAAUCCGUUGCCUUCAACAAUUCACCACCAGAUUCCUCCUUGCAUAGCUCGCCUAGAAGUAUCAAAAGCCACUUGUCUGCAGAUGCCCAUUCUGUAGAUGACUUUGGCGUCCUCAAGGAUGAAGGAUCCACGGGCGACGAGAACACCCCGAUUGGCGGCGUUUCGAUGCCGGUAGACUCGGAUCCAUUGGAUUUUCUUUCUUUUCUGGAACCAUUCGAACACUCGGUGCCUUUUUCUGAUGAUUUGACGUCAGACCCGGGAGCAUUUCUAUUUGGCCCUCAGGAGUUUCAGCCUGCACCUGGCACUGGGAAUGAGGAGCUCAGUUUCUCCCGGCUGCUGGAGGAUGACAGUGAGGAUAUCGAGGAGAUUAUCCGACAGUCUGAUCCCGGUGAAGGGCCUUGGAGCAUGAGCUUCUCGGGCUCAGCCGACAAUCCGUUUCAUUUGUCACGAUUCCCCAAUCAGCCCUCCCUACCACCGGAAAGCCAAGAGAUGCUGACAAUGCGAUUCGAUCAACUGACGUGUGGGAUACUAUCUAUCAAAGAUGGUAUGAUGGAAAACCCAUGGCGAACUCUUAUCUGGCCUUUGGCAAAAAGCACCCCCGCUUUACACCAUGCCAUCCUCUCCUUGUCUGCCUUCCACGCUGCCAAGGAGAAUCCAUCAAUGCGCGUUCAAGGUGUGAAGCACAUGCGACAGAGCAUCCUUUGUCUACGGCAGCAAAUUCAGAGCAUGCGAGCGGACACGGCAUUGGCGACUAGUCUCGCUUUGGCGUUUGCUGAUACCUGGGACCAGAAUACUCGCACGUGUAUCCAGCAUCUACGAGGUGCAAAGGCCUUGAUGUUGCAGGUCUUGAAUGCCGGUCUCCAGGGCGGUCUUCAACCAGAAGAACUUGAUCGUAUCCGAUUUUUGUACAAUACUUGGACCUACAUGGAUGUUAUCGCACGGUUGACCUCGCUUGAUGAGUCAGGUCCUCAGGAUUUCAAUCCUUCCAUCUUCCAUUUACCAACCGAUGCGGUGCAUGAGAUUGACCCGUUGAUGGGAUGUGCCGCUACACUGUUCCCACUGAUUGGCAAAGUUGGAAGAUUGGUUCAGCGCGUUCGAAAGACUUCCACCAACUCGUUGUCCAUCGUCUCCCAAGCCAUGGAGCUCAAGGCUCUCGUUGAAGAGUGGGAGCCUCCGCGUUGGUUUGAACCACCAGAAGAUCCUACGUCCGAAGUGCAGCACAGCAUCCAGAUGGCGUAUGCCUAUCGCUGGGCAACUCUGCUGUAUCUGCAUCAAGCAGUUCCAGAGUUGCCGUCCGAGCCGGCUGAAGAACUCGCCAAGCGUGUUCUGAUCUUGUUGGCUACCGUGCCACCUACCUCGCGCACCACCAUUAUCCAGAUGUUCCCUCUUUUGGCUGCCGGUGCUGAAGUGGACUCGGAAGAAGACCGCAAGUGGGUUCUGGAGCGAUGGGCUGUUGUCCAGUCGCGCCUCAUGAUUGGCGGUGUCGAUCGCUGUCUGGAUGUCAUUCGAGAAGUCUGGGCUCGACGGGACAAGCUCAAGGCUGAACAGCGGGAGCAGCAACAGCAAGAGAUGUUGGCUACUCGGAGAACCGCCUCCUUUUCAAGCGAAAAUAAGGGCAAGGUUACCUCUCCGUUGCAACGAUCGACCGAUAACGGCAGAGCCUUCCAUAGGCGCGUCAACUCGGGUGAUCAUUCUGACAGAUCCAUGCGAAGACAGUCGGUAUCUACUGCAAGUAAGACUGGUCAGCCAAGGAGAGGAUCUGCCCUCUCUUCGCUGGAGAACAUUGAGUUCGAAAGAACGAUUCGAAGCAGGUUGCAUUGGGUGAAUAUUAUGGGAGAAUGGGGGUGGGAAGUGUUCCUUGGUUAAAACAAUUUCCCCUGGUCUACUUGGACUCGAAGUUAAAAUGAUAUUACUCUCGACCUGACUCCUCUGCUUUGACAAUGCAAAGCCGCCAAGGUCAAGAUCAGCUCAGUUCCUCGAAACUUUUUCGAACACACUAAUUACGAUUCACGAAACAGUCCGAGCGCUUUCUUAUUGCGAGUAUUUGUCUUGAAAUCUCUUUUUCAAUUUUUUUUUGGUUUCCUGCAAAUUUGGCAGUCAGCGCGGCGUUCUCGGGUCUUGCUGCUACUUUUUAUUUUGUUCUACCUUUUCGUUCCACAGAUGUGAUCUUAUGAUGAUAGUGUUUUGCAUAAAGGGUUGACUUUGUUUCUACCUCUACGACUCUGUUUAUCUGACUGCAGACCUAUGAUCUAGGUACUAAUAGCCACUCAGUCUUGGCUGAUGAUGAAUUAUAUCACCCUAUUCAUCCACUGCACCUAUCCCAAUCACCCGAUGCGUACCAAUCUGAAUCCAAUAUUCGCUACAAUGAAAAGCCUCCCAAUAAAACCCAUCAAGCACCAUUCAAGUUUGAUCAUUCUCGACUCCCAGACACGCCGUGCAGCCUUGCAAUACCUGACUUAUCUUCAACAUUGCACAACCUGUAAACAUGCCUUCGUCUCCCAGUGGCAAUGCAGGAUACAUAAGCUUGCGAACCCUACAGCAUCACUUUCCACCCUUUUACUCCCUUAUUUGAAGCCACGUGCGCCUUUCAGUUGUACUUCUUGGAUUUGCCAUCCUCGUCUACGGGGCUCAUUAAAUCUUGCGGCAAACUUCCACUGCGCUUGAUGUUGCGUAGGGAAGAUUGAUAGCGCCUGCGUUGAUGCGGGCCAUUGAUGGGUUUUUACGAGCGCACGUCAUAUCCAUAGAUACAUCUUGUUGCCCAACGCGCGCUUUUCAGGAUGAUCUGGGCCUGGAUACUGCAGCUAAAAGAUAUUGAUCCAGAAUCUCUACUGGGUGUAUUCCUACCAAAACAAACUCAAAUUGAUAAGGUCAUACGAGAAGCUAAACCCACC